CGUGUCUCAAUCAUAACAGAUCGACAGAUAUACAAAAAAAAAAAAAAAAAAAAAAAAGGAAGUAGUCCUCUUUUUUUUUUUUUUUUUUUAAUCUGUUGAUUAAGGCCGUAGGAAAGUAUUGUUGGGUUGGUUGCCCACCUACGUUUUCCCUCCCACCCACCCCUUUGCAUGCAUUUCCGGGUUGGAACAGUGCCACGUAAGCAGUGCCACGUCAGCAGUGCCACAUCAGCAGUGCCACAUCAGCAGUGCCACAUCAGCAGUGCCACGUCAGCAGUGCCACGUCAGCAGUGCCACAUCAGCAGUGCCACGGCAGCAACAGUGCCAUGUAAGCAGUGCCACGUCAGCAGUGCCACAUCACACAGUGCCACGUCAGCAGUGCCACGUCAUCAGCAGUGCCACGUCAGCAACAGUGCCACGUCAGCAGUGCCACGUCAGCAGUGCCCCGCCACCAUGACGGGCGCACCUCUGGGCAUGCCAGGCCAACUGGCCAACGAGUCUCUGGCCGACUACAAACAGCGGUUCAAGGCUCAGAUCACUCUGAUCAAGGCUGAGGAACAGCGCCAGCUAGCAGCCGAGGCUGCCCGCCUACAGGCUGAAGCAGCUGCAACAGCUGAAAAGCAGCGGCUACAGGCCGAAGCAGACACAGACACCCAGGCUCGCCGCAAGGAAGCCCAGGAUCUUCUGCAGCGGCAUGAAGCAGCCAGCAUCGAAAGACUCAAGUUCUGGCACUUUGAACCCUCCAACGACGACGACGCGACACUGGAGGAGCUGCACAAGGAGUUCAUGGCCAAACUCAUGACCAGGCUGGUUUACACUUGUAACCACCUGCAGUCCAAGCUGGCGAACCUCCAGCGGGCCGUGCGGAACCAUAAGGCUCAGCACGAAGAUGCCACACGGGCACUUGACGCCCGUGUACAGGACUUGGAACAAGUUCCACCAAGACCAGAGGCUGGUGAAUCCAGCAGUGCACCAUCUGCCCGCCAACUGGAGGAACGCGUUGACCACGUAGUGGCAAUGCUAGGAGACAUCAGUGCCUUUGCAGCGCCGGCCACCAUCAGCCAGCGGUUCGAUGUGCUAGACGCCAAGAUCAGUCAGCAACAGCAGACUGACCACAGCAACAACAACAGCUCGGCGAGGCCUUACAAGAUGCCAAGGUUUCGGAUCGGAAAUUUGAUGACUACACACAUCAAGACCCGGUCGUCUGGUGGCAAGGAUUUACAACGGAUACCGACUCCGUUGAUGGAUGCCGGAGUAGAGGUUGUCGACCUUCACGCCUACAUUGCGAAGAUCGACCGCGAGUUCAAGAUGCAACGGUACGACGACAUCGACGCACCAUUGCUAUAUAAACGCAUUCAGAUCGGAGAGGCAACCUGCAGCGCUUUGAUUGAUUGCGGAGCAUCUCGCAACUACAUCAGCCAGGACUUCAUGGUGCGCGCCGGCAUUGGCCCACGCGUUCGGAGGAAGUCCCAACCUACGCAAGUCACGUUGGCGGACGGUCACACGCACAAGUCAAUCGAACGGUGCAUUGAUGACGUCCCAGUGUACUUUGCCCCUCACGCAAGUGAGGCGGUGUCCUUUGACAUUCUGAGCACCAAAUUCCACAUGAUCUUGGGCAUGUCAUGGCUGCGAAGCGAGGAUCACCCGGUGAACUUCUACAACCGCACCGUUCACGUUCGUGAUCGGACCGGAGUACUAGUCCCCUGCACGGUGCCCCUUCCUCAUCCUUCGAUCAGCUGCCACGUGGUAUCCGCCGCAAGCAUACAAGCUUCCAUCAUCAGAGACGACAUCGAGGAGAUGGGGGUGUGUUUUCUCCACGCCCUCCCGCCCCAUGACGCUGCAUCGACGGACUCUUCUUCGGAUGCACGCAUCACCGAGCUUCUCGACGCCUACAUCGACGUGUUCGAAGGCCCGCAUGGAGUAGUACCGGAUAGGCCCAUCCGCCACGAGAUCAUCCUCGAGGACGGGGCCGUACCUCCGCACGGUUGCAUCUACCGAAUGAGCGAAGAAGAGUUAAGUGUGCUUCGGGCACAACUCGACGACCUUCUAGAGAAAGGCUGGAUUCGGCCUAGCUCAUCGCCAUACGGUGCGCCUGUUCUCUUCGUCUGGAAGAAGAACAAGGAUUUCCGGUUGUGCAUCGAUUAUCGCAAGCUCAACGCGCAAACGAUCAGAAACGUCGGCCCUCUCCCACGCAUCGACGAUCUUCUCGAGCGACUGGGCGGCGCCAAGUUCUUCUCCAAGCUGGACCUCAAGUCAGGUUAUCACCAACUCGAGAUUCGCAAGGAGGAUCGCUACAAGACCGAGUUUAAGACGCGAUAUGGGCAUUUCGAAUGGCUGGUUAUGCCAUUUGGCCUUACGAAUGCCCCGGCCACUUUCAAAGCGGCUAUGACAACAGAGUUCCGACUCAUGCUGGAUCGUUUCGUACUUAUCUACCUCGACAACAUCCUGGUCAACAGCCGGAGUUUGGACGAGCAUGUGGAACAUCUGCGCACCGUUUUCGAGCGGCUACGACAAGCCAAGUACAAGGCCAACCGCGACAAAUGCGAAUUCGCGCGGCAGGAGCUCGAGUACUUGGGACAUUAUGUGAUGCCGCAAGGCAUCCGUCCGCUUGCGGACAAGAUCGAGGCCCUACGAGUGCCAUUCGUAUUCGAUGACGACGCACGCCGGUCAUUCCAAGCACUUAAGACGGCUAUGCUCAUGGCACCUGUCCUUAGCAUCUAUGACCCCACCUUGCAGACGAGAGUGACUACGGACGCUUCCGGCUAUGGCAUUGGGGCAGUCUUGGAACAGCACAACGGCGAUGACUGGCACACUGUGGAGUAUUUCAGCGACAAAGUGCCUCCCAUCAACUCGCUUGAUGAUGCAAGGAAGAAGGAGCUACUCGCGUUCGUCAUGGCUCUCAAGCGAUGGCGGCACUUCCUCCUUGGGCGUCGUAGGUUCAUAUGGGUUACGGACAACAAUCCAUUGACCUACUACAAGACGCAGGAUACGGUGAGCAGCACGAUCGGCCGAUGGAUGUACUUCAUCGACCAAUUUGACUUCACACCGAAACAUCUUCCCGGCCUCUCCAAUCGCGCAGCAGAUGCACUCUCGCGAAGACCUGAUCUUUGCGCUAUGACACAUCAUGCCUUCGAAUUCGACAAGGAGCUUCAGCGACACUUCAUCCGGGGAUAUGAGUCAGAUCCGGACUUCGCCACGUUGUAUGCGCAGUUAUCUUCGGAUCACCCGCCGGCCAGCCACUAUCGCAUUGUCGACGGGUACUUAUUAUGUGUCCCACGAGACUGUCGUCUUCGGACUCGCCUUCUCGGGCAGUACCAUGACUCGCGACUUGCCGGCCAUUUCGGAGUCAACCGCACUAUUGCAGGGCUUCGACAACGAUUCCGAUGGCCUGACCUCAUUACCGAUAUCACUCGGUAUUGCGACUCUUGCGAAGAGUCCGACACGAAGAUGAAGCCAAGUUCGGCUCGGCACCCACAGACAGACGGGCAGACCGAGCGGGCACAUCAGACCGCUCAAAUGAUGCUUCGUACGCUCAUCCGUCCGGACCGGAAAGAUUGGGUUGACCGCCUCCCCGACAUCRAGUUCGCCUACAACACUUCGGUGCACCCGGCGAUCGGCGUGACUCCAUUCGAGUUGGACCACGGUGGACGGAAAGGCCGUACCUUCGCGGACCUUCUCCUCCCACGACCAGCUGACAUCGAUGCCGCUUGCUCUCCCGCUUCCGUCCGGAAGUACAGGGAAUUGCAAGCUCAAGCCCGCGCGAAUAUGCUAAAGGCUCAAGUCCGCAUGCAGCAGCAAGCCAACAGGCAUCGGCUGCCAUGUCCCAUCCACGCCGACGACCUGGCUUGGGUUUCCGCGGAAGAGUUUGCACUGGAACAGGACAUCUCUCACGCAAACUGCUUCCCAAGUGGUUUGGACCAUGGCCUGUAACAUCAGCCGCGGGCGAUGAGCCCGAUGGCCCAACAUUUGUGAUCAACAUCCCCCCGCAUCUGACGGUCCAUCCAGUCU